AUGCAUCGGGUUUGCUAUGGCAGGAGCUUGGGGCACAACAGCUUGACAGGGCCGAUACUGGUGGGCAUCUCGGAGCUGAAUAAGCUGGAGAUUCUGAGGCUAGAGUACAACAACCUGAGCGGGAUCGAGAGCCUCCUGGCGGUGAACGUCUCGCACAACCGCCUCGUCGGCCGGCUGCCGGCGUCGGGCGUGUUCCAGAGCCUCGACGCGAGCGCGCUCGAGGGCAACCUCGGCAUCUACCCUGCUCAACAUAUCGGCGCGGCGGAGGGCCAGCGACGGCGGGACGACUCCGGAGAAAGAGCUGGAGAGCAUCGUGUCAAGCUCGACCAAGUCCAGCAAGCUUGCCACGGGCAAUAUGGUGACGUUUGGGCCGGGGAACAGCCUCCUCCGUUCCGAGGACUUCGUGGGCGGCGCGACGCGCUGUUGAGCAAGGCGACGGAGAUCGGCCGCGGCGUGUUCGGGACGGUGUACCACGCGUCGGUCGGCGAGGGCAGGGUGCACUACAACGUGAAGCCGAGCAACAUCCUGCUCGACGAGCAGUGCAACCCGAUGAUUGGCGACUUCUGGCUGGCGCGACUGCUGCCGAAGCUGGACAAGCACGUGAUGAGCAGCCGGUUCCAGGACGGUAUGGGGAAUGUGGCGGCGGAGCUGGCGUGCCAGAGCCUUCGGAUCAAUGAGAAGUGCGACAUCUACGGCGUCUUCGGCGUGCUCAUCCUGGAGCUCGUCACGGGGCGGAAGGUAUUUGGGCUUGUUUUUUGGGCUUUUGUGGGUCCCACUUAA